AUGAAUACACCCUGGGAAAACUCGGGCGAUAUCCUGCAAGGUAUCAUGGCCACUCGCAUCCCCGCACCGCACACCUCCGUCGAAAACCCGCCCGACAAUUUGAUGACCCCGUCCGACCUCACCCUCGGUGAUCCGGCUUCUUUCUUGGGCUUCCAGUUCGCUUCUUCGUCUUCCUCCUCUUCCGCUCCCUCGUCGGAUCCCGCCGUGCUCCCCCAUCGUCCCGCUUCCCUGCUCAGCCCCUGGUGGCCCCAUCACUACCAACCCUCCUCGUCCUCGUCCUCGUCAUCGUCCUCGCGCGACUAUGCCCACUAUCAAUUAUCUCGCCGCUCCCACGAUCAAGACGCCUGGAAUCCUCUCCAGGUGACCGGCGUCCCCACCAACGCCGCCGCCUUCCCCAUUCUCCCCUCGCGAACAACGGCCUAUCCGACAGACGGCCUGGCCCGGCGCUGUUCCACCGGCCAACGCAGUGACUUCUCUGAGAAUGGCAGCCACCUGAACGGCAUCCACCCGUCGGACUCGGGAUACAGCAGCCAGAGCUGCACCACCCGCUCGGUGACCUCCUACGCCAUCGACUCGGCCUGCAGCCCCUACCUGGGUCCCGCGGAGCAGGAACCCGAGGAGAAACCCGUCUUGGACCUCAAUGUCGUGCCGCCUGGAGAUGCGCCCUUGAUUCGCAUGAAUCAUCUGGGUUCUCCGUCUUUUUUCUGCCAAGACACCAUUCGAUGUGAUUAUCCUGGGUGUACGUGGACGGGGAAGUGUCCGUCCGACAAGAGAAAGCACGAAGCCCGACACAAAAAAUCUUUCAAAUGCGACGAGCCUAACUGCUCUCGCAAAGAAGGCUUCGGGACCAUCAACGACCUCGCCCGCCAUAAGAAAUGCGUUCACAAGCAGGAGCCGGAGCGUGGUCCCAAGGUCCUCUACCUGUGCUUCGGCGAAGACUGCCCUCGACGGAAUAAGCGCUGGCCCCGUCUGGACAAUUUCCGUCAGCAUCUGGCCCGCAUGCACCACGAGGAAGAUGCUGAUGCGCUGUUGAAGAGGUCGCUCGACUGGUACGAGACCUGCGAGAAGCCGCAAGAGCUGGCUCGAUCCCUAGCGGGGCGCUUCGGAGACGACGCGUCGACGGCCCCUCCAACGCAAUUCGAUCCCGGAGACCAGCCGGGAGAUUCGGGCACGGAUCGCCGUGAUACCUCGCCGGAGCAGCGGGGCGGAUGUCCUCUAGUGGAAGAAACCACCGAGUCCAGCGGAGAGUCCACUCCCACCCAGCCGCCACUGCCAGACCUCGAGCCAAUGGAGCUGCCGGCCUUGAACGCCCUCCAUCUAGACACAUUGUCAGACCGCAAGAGUUCCAUCUCCUCCCAAGGAAGCGGCGUCCGCACAGAAAGAAUGGACGACAUGAUCUCCGAAGCCGCCACCAACAUGAUCAACGCCAUGACCAAGAUCAUCAACAACGGCCACCGCCGGCGCAGCCACCAGCCUGACGGUGAUAACGAACAGGACUCCUCUCCGCUGUCCGACCCAAAACGGGAGAUGCUGCAGCGCAUCUUGACGGUAGCGCUGGAUCGGCUGUCGGGGUCUGCCGGCGGUCGUCGUCCUAGUGCCGUUGAGUCGGGGAAGAAGGAGUGGAUCCAGUGUGAGUUUUGUACGAAGCGGACGCGGUUACGGUGUGAGAUGAAAAAACACAAAAAGCGCCACGAACGCCCCUACGGCUGCACCUUCCCCAACUGCCCCAAAACCUUUGGCAGCAAAGCCGACUGGAAGCGCCACGAGAACUCCCAGCACUAUCACCUCGAAAGCUGGCGCUGCCCGCUACCAGACGGCACCGUGCCAUGUGCGCGCGUCUUCCACCGCCAAGAGAUAUACGCGCAGCAUCUCAAGAAACACCACGCGUGUACCGACGAGACGGCCGUGCAGACGGCUAUUGCCCGGGAUAAGGUAGGCCGUGAGGGCGGACACGCCCAGUCCAUGUCGCAGUUCUGGUGCGGGUUUUGUGGGGAUGUCGUGCCGUUGAGGAGUGAGGAGGGUCUUGGGGCGUGGAAUGAGAGGUUUAAUCAUAUUGAUAGGGAGCAUUUUCGGAGGGGGGAGAGGAUUGAGGAGUGGAGAUCGUAUGGGGGGGAGGGGGGUCGGAAUGGGGCUCAUGAUGAGGGUAACCAUGAGGAUGAUGAUGAUGAUGGAGAUGAAGAGGAUGACGAAGCGGAGGAUGACGACAGUGACAGCGACAGCGAUGGGAUGCACGACGACGAGAUCAUGGUAGAUGAGGAGGGUCCGUCCAUGGCGCCGCCUCCGUCUCUUAAGCGCAAGCGGUGCCGAGCUUCUCCGGUGGAUGUUUGCCAAGGUGGGGAGGAGAAACGGGCCAAGAUGGCUGGUGGGUUGGAUUAUGUGCGGACAUCGGGGUUUGCAGUGCAUCCUCAUCCUCAUCCUCGUCAUGUGGGGGAUGUUUACCAGGGAUGA